CUGCCGCUGGAGGACAUGCGGUACGUGCUGAACGAGUGCAUGAGCGUCCUGGACACGUGGAAGAACGAGUACUACGACACGCGCAAGAUGAUCGAGGAGAAGGGCAAGGCGCACCGCUGGGAGUUCGACCGGCGGAAGCUCUUUCGCCAGUCGGAGUGGAUCAAGGCCGUCUGCAACGACCUCCUCAUGAUCGCUGACGUUUUGAAAGAUUUUAAAAACAUCUUCGGAGUGGAGCUGAAGUCCAUCCUCACAGAUCCGGCUCAGAUAGACGCGGUGAUGGACCGCGUGUACGACUUGCUCCUUCCGAUCAAAAACUCCUACUUCGACAUCUACGACUGGAACAACGAGCUGAACUGGGAGUCGACUAUGCAGUGGUUUCAGAAGGAAGUCAAGAUCCUCGAAUACCAAGCGGAAUAUUUCAUCGCGUCCUCCUUCAAAUUGCUCAGAGACUCGGACCAGGCGAUCGAGAUGCUACUGAAGUUCAUCCACAUCGACACGCGGCCGGCCAUCCACGCGGAGCUGAUGGAGCGGCUGGAGUUCGUGCUGCAGCACUACCGCAAGGAGCUGGUGGACAUCGAGGACGACUUCUGGAAAAACAAAGCAGAUCCUCCCCUCUACAGAAAUCACCCGCCCUACUCUGGCGCCAUCUACUGGUCAAAAUGCCUGUACACCAUCCUCAGGAAACCUGUCUUAGUUUUCCAAACCGUUCCUGAGUUCAGUGGAAAUGCUCUCAGGCAAAGUGUGAACAAGGACUACUUGGAGGUGGCGACGGAGCUGCGCGGCUACAUGGACAAGAACUUCAAGCACUGGCUGCGCAGGGCCAUGCCCAUCGUCAGGGACGGCCUGGAGCGCUGCGUCCUGACGUGCGUCCGCUGCAAAGGCAUGAUCAUCGGCAUCUGCGAGGGGUCGCGCCACGCCAACCGCGAGAAGACGGUGUACGAGUCGUAUCUGAAGCAGUGGCACCGCGAGACCAUGUCCAAGCUGACGGAGUACGGCGGCGCGGGCAAGGAGGAGGGCGGCGGCAAGGGCGCGGGCAAGAAGACGAGCAAGUGGGCGCCCACUCACUCGCUCGGAGGCGAGCGCAAGUGA